AUGAUCACCCCCUUCCGGCGCCCCUCCACCUCGGACUGGCCUCGGGAAUCUGCAUCCGGACCCGCACCCACAUCCGCACCCGCCCCGGAAGCAGCCCCAGCCUCACCCCCAGCCUCACCCCCAGCCUCACCCCCAGCCUCACUCCCAGCCUCACCCCCGGCCGCCCCUACCACCGCCACCGCCGCCGCCGCCGCAACAUCGCGGCUGCCGUACCUCCCCAUCCCCCAGCGGCCCUCAUCUCUCACCAGCCGCCCCAACCGUCCGAUCCAGUCCCCCGGCCCGCCCCCCACCACGCCGAUCUCGCCAUCGCCCGUCUCGCUCGGCCCUGUGCCCGACGAGAAUGAUAACGCGGACGUGCCGCAUCUGGAUCUGGAUGAUAUCGGCCCGUGGAUUGAUGAUGUGCAGGAUAACAGGGAUAAUAAUGGGAUGGGAUUGGGGGGAACGGGAAUGGGGGGAAUGGGAAUGGGCCGGUCUUAUGGAGGCGGCAGUAGGCUCCGUGCAGUACUGCUGCUCACGCAGGGGGUCGACGUGGUGGGGAGGUGGGUUUGGGGGUGGGGUUGGAGGGUGGGUGGAACGUUGGCUGGAAGGUUUGCUGAGAGGUUUGGAUGGGUGCCGGGCGGGCUGAGAGUGUUGGGCGCGAACAAGUGGGCGGGUUGGGCGUUCCCCGGAGUGAGGAGUUUGUGGGGGUGGGCAAGCAGCGAGGUCCAGGACCACCAGAAGGACUUGGAAGAGGAAAAGGCUGGACGAGUUGGUCGUAGAGGAGAGGCGGCCGCGGUUGUGGAUGAUGAUGGCCUGGAUUGAGGCGUGAGAUCAUGGCUUGCUUGGUCGUGAGUGAAUGGGAACUGGAAGGAAAAGAAAGUGAGGUUGCAGCUUGCUUGCUUGCUCGUGGGUGAAUGGGAAUUGGAAGAAGAAAAAAACAGUGAGGUUGCGGCUUGUUUGCUCGUGAGGUAAUGGGAAUCGGAAGAAGAAAAGAAAAAACGAAAAAAAAUACGCGCUUGAUUUGAUGGGAUGUUUGUUUCCCCCUCUGGAAAAAUGGUUGGGGGUCUGCCUGCUGUACUGCUAUACUGGAUGGAUUCUGCCAAGUAUCUUUUUCCUGGACGGGCUUAAUGCGAAGUGGAUUGAAAGCAAUGUGG